AUGUCUAGAUCAUUGAGACAUAUAAGAUUAAACCCAAUACAAUCAUUCAAACCAGCUCUACCUAUAAUCAGCCUUAAUAAGAGAUAUUAUUCCACGGAUAUAGAAUCACUUAAGAAACAAUCAGAUUCAACAGAAACAGAUAAUUCUGUAAAUGCAACUGGUGUAAUAGAUAAAAGUAGUAAUGAAGUAUUAUUAUAUUAUUCGUUUUCAUCAUCAAGAAACAUUAUAAAGCAGUAUCUAGUAAGAAUUUUUUCAAGUAUACCUUUCACUCGAAAAUACAAUGAAGAAACUUUUAAAGAUAAAGUAUUAGAAAUUUCAUCACCAUUACCAACAAGUUCAAAAAUUACUGAAUUGGUUCCUUUAACAAGAGAUUCUGGUGCAUUUGUUAAAUUCCAAUUUCCUCCCACUGAAUCUGCAAGGUCAUUUAUAAAUGAAGUUAGAUCAAAUGUUAAUAAAAAUGAUUCAAAAAGAUUGGAUAAUAUUUUUAAAAAAGUUUUAAAUUCUGUAUGGAAUAGAUCACCAAAAGUUUACAGCGUUAAAGGGAUACCUUGGAUUGAAGAUCUAAGAAGGUUUCCAAGCGCUAAAAUUGGAAUUAAAUUUGAAGGAAAUCCAUUAACCGAAGAAGAAUUGUAUGUUUUAUUUAGAAGAUAUGGUUUAAUUGAUGAUAUUAAAGCAGACCCAGGUGAAUCAUAUAUUCUAUUUCACGAUGUUAGAUCUGCUAUUUGUGCCAAACAUUGUAUCACAGGUAUGGUAUUGGACAACGGGAAAACAACACUUCAUAUAAGAUACGUACCAAUACAAAAGAAAUACUUUAUUGUUGAAUUUAUAAGUAAUCAUACAAGAAUUGCUAUACCAAUAAUAUUGGCACUUUUAGCUACAUUUGCAGUUUUAAUUUUUGAUCCAAUAAGAGAGUUUUUCAUUCAAUAUAAAAUAACUCACAGUUCUCAUUCAUUAGAUCACUACAAGCAAAAUAAAUGGUUUAGAUUAAUUUACAUUCCUUAUAAAAAUUUGAUUAAUAUGGUCACAAGUAGUUAUGACUAUAUAGAUACUCAAUUUCACGAAGUUACAGGGUUGAAAAUGGAGGAUGAUUCAUGUGAUACUGAUGCUCAAUCAAUGCAUGAUUUGAAACAAGAAAAUAAUAUGUUUUGGAAAGAACGGUUUGAUAAAUCAAAGCAAUUAACAAUGUGGAUUUUGGAAAACAUCGAUACUUUCAUUGUUGUCAAAGGACCUCAAGGAUCAGGUAAAGAAGAAUUUGUGUUGGAUCAUACAUUAUUAAAUAAUGAUAAAUUAAGCAAGAAAAUUUUGGUUUUAGAAUGUGAUGAACUUAGUAAAGCUAGAUCUGAAAAUAAUUUAAUUGGAAAUACUGCAUCUCAAUUAGGUUAUUUCCCAGUUUUCACUUGGACUAAUUCAAUAUCUCAAUUUGUUGACUUAGGAGUUCAAGGUUUAACUGGUCAAAAAUCAGGUCUAGCUGAGACUAAGGAAAACCAAAUCAAAAAUAUGUUUUCAUUGUCAACUCAAGCAAUAAGACAUAUUUGUGAAGAGGAUUAUUCUAAGUAUGUUAAAUCAGUUGAAAGAAGAAAUAAGAAAUUACCAGAUGAAGAGAAAAUCGAAAUAUUAAAAUUAGAAGAAUUUUUAUCCCAAAAUCCUGAUUCUAAACCAAUCAUUGUUGUUAGUAAAUAUGCAAGAAGAGCUGAUAUCCCACUGAAUGAUUUUAUAUAUCCAUUAAUUGCAGAUUGGGCUUCAGGUUUAAUACAAAAUAAUAUAGCUCAUGUCAUAUUUUUAACUGCUGACGUUGGUUCGAUACAACAUUUAAAUGAAGCAUUACCAAACCAGGUUUUUAAGAACAUCUCAUUAAGUGAUGCCUCAAUGACAAGUUCAAAACAAUAUGUUUGUGAUGUAUUGAAAGUAAAAGAUACUACGACUUUAGAUACUUGUCUUGAACCUUUAGGUGGUAGAAUGUUAGAUUUACAAGCGUUUAUAAGGCGUAUAAAAUCAGGUGAAAAUCCAGAACAAGCAAUUACAGAAAUGAUAUCACAAGCAGCAGAAAUUAUAAGUACAGUUUUCCUUAAUGAACAUUUAUCUAAUUCUAAUAAUAGUGACAACAAUUGGAAUCCUGCACAAGUUUGGUUAAUUAUGAAAUUAUUAUCAAAUAAAGAUGAAAUUAAUUUUGCAGAAAUUAUAAAAUCUCCAUUAUUUAAAAAAUCAAAAGAAACAAUGGAUACUUUAUCAACUUUGGAAAAAUAUGAUUUAAUUUCUUUAAGAAGAGAUAAAGGAGUAUUAAGUAAAAUAGUCACUGGUAGACCAUUAUAUAAAGCAGCUUUUGAAAAUAUUAUAAGUGAUUUAAGAAUUUGGAAAUUAUAUGAAACUAAUUAUUUGACAGAAUUAAUUAAUUUAGAAGUUGCUAAAAUUCAAAAAUUUGAAAAUGAAUUAACAACCAUAUAUCAAAUCAGUAAAAUUGAUGGUAGAAUUGAUUAUUUAACUAAAAAAAUUGAAGCGUCAAAUACAAAAAUUGUUGCUUAUGAAAAAGAAAUUGUUGAUAUUGCUUCUUAUAAAGCUGAACAAAAACCUCAUUCUUUUUUAGGUUUAAAAUUUUAA